UCGAUAUCAAGAUGGCGACCCCGAAGGAGAAAGACGGAGCAGACUAUCUUAAAAAAUACAAAAUUAUGGAACUUAUGAACAAUCUAACGAGCAUGCUCCUCUUUCAUAGACCAGAGAGUCCUAGGGAGUUUCUUAUCGACCAGCUGGAGCAAUUGAAAGUGUCCAAACAGAGCUCUAUGGAAGGUCCGUCUCUCUUCAAUGACUCUGAUUUGGAUGCUAUAUUUGGUAUCCUGGACCCCACUAACCAAGAGUACAUCAGUUAUGCCCAGUACAAGGGAGCUUUAGCCACGCUGGGAAUAAGCAACAUAAAUGAGUUUCCUGCAGGUGCAGGUGAAGACAAGAUAUCCCGUGACACCUUCAAGACAGAUGCCAAGGAAGGCCUGCGAAGAAGCUGAACAGCAUAUGGACCAUUUUGAUCUUAAAUGUUACCUGUUAUGCUUUCGUGAAAGAAAUGUGUGUUCAUAUGUGAUUGAACUUAAACUAAAGUGGUUUUACGUGAAAUAAAGUAUUAUACAGAAAGUGUUUAAUUGAUGUUUACAGCUA